AUGUCGAGUACGCCGCCGACGAGCAAGUCCAAGUCGUCUAGCACUUGCGACAACUGCAGGAAGCGCAAAAUCAAGUGCGUCGAGGCCGAAGAGCCGGGUCCAUGCACCGGGUGCCGUAACCUCCAGAUCGCGUGCACGCACGACUACGUGAAGAAGAAGCCGGGGCGGAAGAAUGCCUUCGCCAUGCAGGUGAGGGCUCAGAACCAGAACAAGCCAGCCCCGCCCGCCGAACCAUCGUUCCGCCCUUCGUACUCACCAUACCCUGCCAGGCCGCCCGCUCUAUCACCAUUGGAGGAGUACGGGACGCCGCGCUCCCCAUUCUCGUCCCUCGCCCUCACGGGGAUGCGAAGUAACCACGACAACGGUGGCCUGUCGUGGCUGGACAGCAUUACUCUCGACGGCGGCAGCGUCUUCGGACCUGUAGACUUUGGCUUCGAUCCCUUCUCGGGGCCGGGGACAACCCAGUUUCCUUCGGAGCAGGCGCAGCUGUUAUCGCUGGAGAGUCCGGAGGUCGCCACGGCGGCGCAGCUGCGCCAGCGCGAGCCGCAACUCGAGGACGUUGCGUCCUGGGCCAACAUUUCCCACUUCAUUUCGCUGUACCUGCAACACCAAUGGCCGUUGCUGCCGCUCGUGCACCGGCCGACGUUCAGCGAGAACCUCGCAACACGCCUCGACUUGCGCGACACCGACUUCCGCGCACUCCUCCUGUCCAUCGUCGCGCUAACCAUCUCACAGCUCCCGACGUCACGCCUCGUAACGGAGCAGUACGACGUUGAAGGCCUCAAGCGUCUCCAGCGGCGUUGCCACCGCACGUCGCAACUCCUCCAGCGCUCCUAUACCGGCCAGGUGACGCUCACCCAGAUCUGUAUCAUCAUCUUUGACAACUUCUACCUUCUUUCCAUCGGACUCACGCACACCGCCGCGGCGCGGCUAGGUCAAGCCGUUCAACUGGCUUUCUGCCUCGGUCUCCAUUCGGACGCCAAGACUGCUGCCCUCGGCCUUGACCACAUCGAGGUCCAGCUCCGCCGCCGCGUCUUCUGGCAACUCUACGCAAGCGACAAAACCCGUGCGAUCCCCGGCAAUCCGAUGCUCAUCAACGACUUCCAGGGUGUGUGCUCGUACCCCGAGGCGAUCGACGACGACUUCAUCACGUCGCAGGGCAUGUUCCCGCAACCGGCGCACAAGACGUCCCUCCUCGCCGGUUUUGUUGCCGUGUCCAAGCUCUUCCGCAUCCUGUCCGAGUGCUUCUUCCACCACCGCUGCGCUCUGAGUGAACUCCAGACGAUCACGACCGCUUGGACCGUCGUGGCCGAGGAGCGCGUGCAUGCGCUCCUCCGCGAACUCCCGUCUGCGAUCCAAGAUCCACCCAGCGUGCCCCUCGAGGCGAACCGGCAAGUGUUCGCGACACAACGUGCCAACAUUCUUAUUACCGUCGCCAUUGUCAAGUUUGCUCUGUACGACCUGCGCUCAGCCUUGAAUGUCAACGAGGAUCAACUGGCUCGCGAGCGCGAGGCCAUCGCCCGCGAGAUCCACAACCUUCUUAUGAGCAUACCCGUUGAAGACUUAGCAAGCAACGGCGAGAGCGUACGCGGCAAGGUAUUCCACAUUGCGUGCGCGCUCUGCGGACAGGCCAGCACGCCGGGCACCGACUCGGACCUCGUGCGCGACUGGUGCGACAUGUUUUCGACGAUCACCUUCGUCCAGAUGCCUGUUCCCGCGGACCCGCCUCUCGACUCCCGUAGUAACACGCCGCCUGCUGAGCCUGAACUGACAAGUGCGCCAUAG